AAUAAUAGUAUAAUUAAUAUACUUUUAUUAGAGAUAAUAUAGUUAAUAAAAGAGACGAAUGUCAGGCCGUGCUGAUCGUGGAAAGUGAGUCAACUUUCUUUGGGUGUUUUCCAUUCGGACAUCCGGAAAGGUCGUGAAUCUGUGAACCGUAAUUGUCCCAGUGAGUGUGUUUUCAACAACAAACUGCAAUCUUUCGCGUUGAAUGUGAUUAUCAGCAGCAGCAGUUGCAGUCCCCACACAUACGGCCAGUUCUACGGGGCUCCCGGGGGGUUGCAAUGAGACGUUCCUAGUGACCUCAAAGUGAACGAUUUUUCAAAACAUUCCUCAAAAAUCUGUAGUUUGGCACUCGCUUUCUGCAAAAAUCAAAACAUUCCGUGAUCUAAAAUUGAGCGCGCCUCUGGAAGUAUUCUCUCGAAGGAGGAUCGCUGAGACGAUGGAGGACUACAAAUUUCUGUUUAAAGUCGUGCUGGUGGGCAAUGCGGGCGUUGGAAAGACCUGCCUGGUGCGAAGGUUCACACAAGGGCUGUUCCCGCCCGGCCAGGGCGCUACGAUCGGGGUUGACUUUAUGAUCAAAACGGUGGAGGUCGACAACCAGAAGAUUAAGCUGCAAAUCUGGGAUACGGCCGGCCAGGAGCGGUUCCGCUCGAUCACGCAAAGUUACUACCGAUCCGCGUCCGCCCUGAUACUGGUUUACGACAUCAGCUGCCAGCCAACGUUCGACUGUCUGCCGGACUGGUUACGAGAAAUCCAGGAGCACGCCAACACCAAGGUGCUAAAGAUUCUCGUCGGCAACAAGACGGACCGGGACGACCGGGAAAUCCCACAGGAUGUGGGGGCCGAGUUUGCGAAACAGCACGGAAUGUACUUCCUCGAGACGUCCGCCAAGCAGGCCGACAACGUGGAGCGACUGUUCUACGACAUUGCGGCCGUACUGAUUGAGCAAGCACGCACGAAAGAGUUCACGCUGCGCAGUGAAACGAGCGUCCUGACGAAUCUCUCCCAGAAAACGAUCUAUCAUCCGAGCUGCUGUAGCGUCGGUGAUCGGGGCCACUCGAACCACGCCAGCACCAGCGAUGCACACUACUCGGACAGUUCCGGACCGGCGAGCCUCGCCAGUAACAGUGGCAAUUUUAUCACCCAGCAGUAGGUAGUGCCGAGGAAUCGAAACCAAAAAGACCGUGUGUUGGGGUUGUUUUAUGAAAACAGAUAAUGUACUAUCAACCCUGGUGAUGAUGAGGAUGAUAAAGGUUUGUGUAAUGUGUUUUAGAUGUUAGGAAAUGGGAAUUUUAUGCAGGUGAUACCGGCCCCAGCUGCAGUCCGAGACGCACAAAGCCGUCGUUGAAGGGUGACAAUAGAAACAAUUAGUGAAGAUCACUUGGCACGCUGGGGCGGGUCCGGAUGAUGUGCUGCGGAUCGUUGGUUUAAGUUACGGUUUUAGACUAUGUU